AAGCUCCAAGCUAGCAAGGAUUGCCCAGUCGUGCUUCUUGCCUGGUCGGUGGUCUCGUGUGGUUGCUCUCUCCUCCCUCCCCCACAACCCCAACCGCAUUGACAAUCUUUCUUCAAACCCUUAGAACACGCGUAUCGAUCAUGGCUAUCCCACAACUAACCUCCAUCGGCGGAUACAUCCAGGCAAAAAAAUUCGUGAAGGACGAGGCGCGUCGGUUUAAAUGUCUCUCCUUUUCGUCCGGAGAGCACGGAGAUCCGUUAAUACUUGCCAUCAAGAUCGUGGCUUCCAAGCAGCUCUCUCUCAACAGGGAUAUUACUUUGCUGGAAGGUUUUAUUGAACAAGGCCUACUCGAUCGUAUUGCAGGGGUGAAGCUGACCUUGAAGGGACCAGCUAAGAAAUCGGCAGCGACGAAAUUAUUUGCUUUGUUGGGGCAACUUCGCGAUCUGGAGGCUCUGCGAGUGGAAGCAAAACAACCCAAGAGCAGCGCGAAACGAACCCACCUCCAAGUAGAAGCACUCGCUGCUUUCUUUGAGAGCCACAAGCGAGUGUCCUACUUUGCAAUGGCCGGUAGUCUAGAGGGAGACCAGGCUGCGUUCCAAAAGUGGGCCAAUGCCAUUACCAAGUCCAAGCGGAACUCACUGCGUUCAUUUGACUGCCAAGAGGGAGGCUCGUCACAACCAUCGGAACGAGCUCAAUCCCCACGAGUCAGCAAAUGGGAUCCUGUCAUCCGGGCGGCGAUUUACAGGAACAGCGCAUCCUUGAGCGAGCUCAUUAUUUCUCAUGGAGGGCCUUCGCAAGCCCUCAGCAAAAAGACUUCUCGUUUGGCAGCUCAUCUGCGGAGCCCUGUUGUGCGCCUAGUUGGAUUUCGACCUCGCUUUUCCAAAAUGGAGGAACUUGUUGUACACUGCGUCAACCAAGCCAAAGGCCUAGCCCAUUAUCGAUACAACUUUUAUGUUCCACCCUUCACAGAAGCCGACAACGGUAGUUUCCUCCAUGAUCUCAACGACAAAGCCAACAUUUGCCGAAAGCUGUUCAGUUUGGAGUUCCGAUGCGGCGCUGAUGCUCACCCUCGGGAUAUCGACGUGUGCUUGACGAAGGACUUUGUUGGCGCUGAUAUGAUUCAUGAUCUACUCUCCGAGGAGGUUCGACUUCAACGGAGCGAUAUCACCAAAAUCUCGUUGGACGUUAGCGGCUUGCCUUGCCCCUCCGACAGGCAACUCAGUCGCCAUAACCUUUGGAAGUUCGACCCAGAGCGAGCUACUGACGAGCAGUGGGUUCAAAUGCUGGCGGUGCUGGGCAGGAUGUCCCAGGACGCUGAAGUUGACCUCGAUCCACUCCACUUUCUCAUUUCCGAAUACCACGAUAGGCUGCCUGGAAUGGUCGCAAAGCACUGCGGCGUCAAGGGAGCUGCCAGAGAACGAAAGCCAAAGGCCUCCCGUAAAGAACUACAGAAAGAGAAUGCGUCGCUUGCCGCCGCCAACGCCCAGCUAGUUCAAGCCAACGCGGCCCUGUUGGGGACUGUGGCAUCGCUGGAGGAUGAAAUCAUUACACUUCGGCUUUUGCUUGCCGGGGCGCUGAUGGAAUAAGAUAAAAGGUCCGAGCAAUUAGCUUUUAAUCUAGAUCUGUAGUUCCGAGCAGCCAGCUGUCGCCUAGAACUUGUCAGCAUCAAUGGCUUCCUCGUGAGGGCGUGAGGGCCCAGACUCGACUCAGUCUGGGCCCGGGUUGAUCGCCGCUGGGAGGCUCGCCUUCUUGUUCUCCGUGCUGGGCUGCGUGUUGCAGGCGGUCUGGGUCAGCCUGCUUGGGUCUCUCUUUUAAAAAAAAGAUGACAGCAGCGUGACAAUUUUUCCUCGGGUCACGUGCUCUUUGGCAGUUCAACGCGUGGGAUACAAAAGGUGCUCCCGAGCGUGUUUUUACACACUACUGUAAUACCAGGUACAGUAUUUUAAAAUAGUACUGGUGCUGAGCAGAGUACCGGGUACCAGUCAUUUACCACCGC